GCGGCGGCGGCUGGGAAGUAGGCGGGGGAGAUUCUUGGACCUGCAACUUCCGAACGGCCCUGGGAGGAGGCGCGGCGUCAGGGUGGGGCGGGACUGAGGAAAAGACUGUGGCCCAGCGGCCCUAACAGUGCGCCCCUGCCUGACCCUGACCGUCCCUGCCCCUUCCUCCACCGAGCCAGAGACCAGGUAGGAUGCAGACACCAGAGCCUGAAGGGAGUGGUCCGGAGGUGAGCCCCAGCGUGAUGCCUGAGGCUCUCCCAGAGUCUCCACCUGUCCCUAGCAAGUCCCCAGCGUUUGAUCUUUUCAACUUGGUUCUUUCCUACAAGAAGCUGGAGAUCUACCUGGAACCCCUGAAAGAUGCAGGUGACGGUGUACGAUACUUGCUCAGGUGGCAGAUGCCUUUGUGUUCCUUGCUGACCUGCCUGGGCCUCAACGUCUUGUUUCUCACUUUGAAUGAGGGUGCAUGGUGCUCAGUAGGAGCCCUGGUGAUUUCGGUACCCGCCCUGCUGGGUUACCUUCAGGAGGUUUGCCGGGCACGGCUGCCCGAAUUGGAGCUGAUGCGGAGGAAGUAUCACAGCGUGAGGCAGGAGGACCUGCAGAAAGUUCGCAUGUCUCGCCCUGAGGCCGUGGCUGAGGUGAAAAGCUUCUUGAUCCAGCUGGAGGCCUUCCUGAGCCGCCUGUGCUGUACCUGUGAAGCAGCCUACCGGGUGCUGCAUUGGGAGAACCCAGUUGCAUCCUCACAGUUCUAUGGGGCUCUCCUAGGCACAGUUUGCAUGCUGUAUCUGCUGCCACUCUGCUGGGUCCUUGCCCUUUUAAACAGCACGCUCUUUCUGGGGAAUGUGGAGUUCUUUCGAGUGGUGUCUGAGUGCAGGGCAUCUCUGCAGCGGUGCAUGAACCCCAAGCAGGAAGAGCAUGCCUUUGAGAGCCCACCGCCACCGGAUGCUAGGGGGAAGGACACUGUGCUGGACAGCACACCUGCCCUCACACCCACGGAGAGUCUCUCUUCCCAGGACCUCACUCCAGGCAGUGUGGAAGAGGCCGAAGAGGCUGAGCCAGAUGAGGAGUUUAAAGAUGCAAUUGAGGAGACCCACUUGGUGGUGCUGGAGGAUGAGGAGGGUGCCCCGUGCCCAGCAGAGGAUGACCUGGCCCUGCAGGACAAUGGGUUUCUGAGCAAAAAUGAGGUGCUGCGCAGCAAGGUUUCCCGGCUCACAGAGCGGCUCCGCAAGCGUUACCCUACCAACAACUUCGGGAACUGUACAGGCUGCUCUGCCACCUUCUCGGUGCUGAAGAAGAGGCGGAGCUGCAGUAACUGUGGAAACAGCUUCUGCUCUCGGUGCUGCUCCUUCAAGGUGCCCAAGUCCUCCAUGGGGGCCACAGCUCCCGAAGCCCAGAGAGAGACUGUGUUUGUGUGCGCCUCAUGCAACCAGACUUUGAGCAAGUGAGAACUGGCCUCCAGACCCUGGGGCCAGCAGCGGACCUCCCUACCCCUACCCCUGGCUCCCUAUGGUGUAUACUGGGCAGAUGUGGCCUGAAUGCUAGGUAGGCUUCUCCUUCCUUCCCUCACUGUCUCCAGCUGGGUUCUGGAGCUGUCCCCCACUCCUGCAGGUGGCUGACAUGCCGUCCAACCCUGAGGGGAGAGGAGCCCCCUGGAGAGCUUGGUGUGUCCUUCCCUGCUCUGCCCUGGGCUGAGUUCAGUGGACUCAGAGCUGGGCAGGGAGUAUCCACUAGAGGGCAGCAGUGAGCCAGGCCUGAUCCAGCUGGUCUCAGAUGAUCAGGGCCACUGUGGCCACACUUGGGAAAUUCUAGGAGAUCGGAGGUUGGGAAACCUGUUCUUCCCUUUCAGUGUAUUGGGCCAGGCCCAGCUCUUCUGCUUGAAUGUUCCUUCCAUGUACCAGGAUCUGAUCAUUUCCCCAUCAGAGGGUGUGGCCAUGGCUAACGAGACCAGGUGUGCUUCUAGAAGCAGCACUGAUGUUCCCAACUUCCAGAGGAGAAUGUGUAUAGAAGGAUUGGCUGAGUCCUUCAGUGUUAAGUGGAGAAAAGCAUGGAGAGAUCCUAACAGCUCAGAGAACCUUAGCCCCCUGCCUUGAGAGACUGACUUGCAGAUCUCAGCCCACAUAAUGCCCUGGUGUCCCUGGCUCCACUGCAGCAGCAGCAGUG